UCGCUGCGAGUGCACUCCGCCAUGCUCGUUCGACAGAAAUACCACCUCGAUCGCUUGUUCCGUACAGCAGGCACAAGCAUCUUCGAGGCGCCUAGAAAAUAAUCGCAGCUUCCUUCGAGGCGCCGAAAAAAUAAUCGUAGCUUCCUUUGAGACUGUUCCAGUUCCACGCGACCUUCUGGUCCCGUCGAAUCGCGUCGAAAGUUCUCCCAAUCAAGUUUUGCCCGAUACGCCUCCACCGUCUCUUUUUCUAAGCCGAUCGACGACCGCAGCGCGUUCUGGUCGGGUUGAGUACGGUCCAUGUCGAUCCAGGUGGCGGCGGCGGCGGCGGCAGCGGACGUGCAGAACCGACCCUCGAGAAUACCGAACGUGGCUCGAGCCGCGGGGCCCAUCAUGGCCAUGCCGCGUCAGCCGAUCGUCGUGGACCGCGAGAAGACGUGCCCGCUCCUGCUGCGAGUAUUCACCAAGCACGGCGGGCAUCACGAUUUGGACGUGUUUGCAGUGAGAGGGCAGGAGCCCAAGGAGGAGGUGCAGAUGUACACGUGGAAGGACGCUACUCUGAGAGAGCUAACAGAUCUGCUGAAGGAGGUGGUGCCUGAGGCCCGUCGCAGGGAUGCUCGGCUAUCGUUUGCGUUUGUGUAUCCGAAUAGGCAGGGGAGAAACGUGAUGAAACAGGCCGGCAUAACCAACUCGAUGACUAGAAGACCAACACCAGAUGACAACAGGACAUUGCAGGAGCUAGGAUUCCAGACUGGCGAUUUUCUAGAUGUCGCUAUCUUCUCAUGAAGCAUUUCAUGGCAUUGACUUCUUGCGGCAGCAACUUAAAUUGGCAUUUUCGGAAUACAUGGCUCAGCCUAGCAUGCGGUAGCAGCUCAGACAACCCUUUCAGAAACAUGAAGCCUGACUAGCAAAUUGGGUAACAGUCUCAUGCAUAGUGUGUGUUCUGUUUGUUAUAAUGUUCUAUGAGAUUGAAGUAUCCUUAGUGUUGUGAUAUAAUUGGUACUUAGCAUUUCUGUAAGUCGAUUAAGUGUAGUUAGUGUCGAAUCUUACUGUAGAACAUAAGUCCGUAGGAUGACGUCAUCAAAUAGCGCUCGUCAUAGGACAGUCGUUUCAGUCACACGAACAGUCGCACCUCUUCAAUAUCAUCUAGGGCGCAUAGCGCGAUAGUGACGAACAGGAUGACGUCAGCAAAUAGCGCUCGUCAUAGGACAGUCGUUUCAGUCACACGAACAGUCGCACCUCUUCAAUAUCAUCUAGGGCGCAUAGCGCGAUAGUGACGAACAGGUACAUUAGCGAAUAGGUACUUUUCGUAGAACUAUAAAUCUCUGUCAGGUCUUUUCAUUAUUAACUU